UGAUUUCGUUCCCGACGGAAAUCUAUCUUGGACGUAUUAGUUGUGGAAGAGAGAAAAGAGUUAUUGUAUUGGAUGAAGACCAUUAUAAAGAUACUUUAGAAAACUUAUAUGAUAAUUACGCACGACUUAUGGAUCUAAAUGAAAAAUCACGCGAUGUUGAAAGACAGAAAUCUGAAUACGUAGAAGAAAGGAGAGGGAAUAAGCGGCACAGAGCAGAAACCAGCGUGGGCACAUCAAAAAAAGCCAAAGCAGACAUUGACGACGAAAAACAAAAGCUUAAAAGAGAACUAGCAAAUUACGAACAAAGCCCUCCAUACUAUAGCAAAUCAGUCGCCCGAUUAGUGUACUCAAUGUCGUUAAAGGUAUCAAAAGCUUCACUUGAAGAUCAUCCAAGCACAAAGAAUUUACUUUGGUGGGCAAUAAUCGGACUAGCAAGCCAAUACAUCAACAGCCAGAUCACAGAAGAAUCCUAUAAAGAAGAGUAUGCGUAUUAUCUUGAGAUACUAAAACUCAUUAAACAUGAGGAUGUGAAGCCAAUGUACACGAUUACACCGGCAAAUGGGAGUGAUAAUAAUAUUCGAAAGAUCGGUCCAAAAUUACACGAGAAACUUGCAAAAUUCGCCGAAUCACAUAAAGUCAAAGAUUUGGAGUUCCCUUCCUUUGCACGAACUUAUGGAUUUCACACAGCACUAACAGCUUGUGACGCGGCAUAUGCAUUGAACGCGUUGAUUGAUACUUUUACGGAACACGCAGAAAGUAUUGGGUGUCGAAUUCAUUCGGCUGAUAAGGCUAGUAGUAAAUUUGAAAAGGAUUCUUGGUGGAACUUUUAUAGCGCAUCUGAUUCAUUGGAAAAACAAAGGGUAGCUGACAUUAUAUCAGCUAUAAAACUAUCAAAAAAUAUUCAACAGUUUAUCGUGGAACGCUGUAACGAGAUAAUUCAAAAGAGAAGUGCGAUCAGGAAGGAAGGAAGAAUUCAUUUUGUAGUAUUGGAAAGUGGUGGUGCACAGGAUUUGCUUAGUCAGCCUAGAACAUUGCGAAGGUUUGCAAAUUUCUUGGCUUCAACAUAUAAGGAAAAAUACACCAAAGAUAAGAAAAUCGCCAUGAUUGUCGUAGUUCCGAUCCUUGAUAAAUCAGGAUACCUGGUGAUCGGUGUGAUGGCAGGACAAAUCAAAAAUCCAUUACCGACCUUAUUCAUUCAAACUAUCGCCGCAUUACCCAACACUAUUGCAAAUGAUUUACGAUUUCCUUCGUUUAGUAAAGAUGUGCUUGUUAUACCGCAAAAGGAUUACGCGGUUUUUAAAGAAAAAUUAGUUUUAAUAGAUGCACAGGCUGCAAAUUAA